AUGAAAAAGAUAGUGUUUAUCAUUUCCAUCGUGGCAACCAUCAACCAGCGUGCUGAUGGCUUUGUGUCGCCACGGUCAUCAUGCAAAUCAAGAACAUCAGCUGUGGGAUCGGCAGGAUCAAAAUCUGACGAAAAGGCUGACUUUGUCAACGACUUUUGUCAAGGCACCAACGAAUUCUGGAAGAAAUUGGUGAUUCAGCCUGUCAAAGACUAUGUUCAAAUACAGCCAGCUGGGACAGCUGAUCGAGAUCCACUUUCCAAAUUGACUGCGGCCCCCGAAGUCCCUGGUAUUCCUCGACCCGUCUGGCUGACAAUUCUUGGGUCAGUUCCAACAGCAUUGGGAUGGUAUGGCUACUACAAGUUCAGUGUCGAAGAGGAAUUGUUCCAAUAUGAGCUUCAAACAGAAGGGAAAGUGACUGGAUGUGGAGGAUAUGGCACCCUGUUUCCUUUCGUCUUUGGAGUGCUUAUUGGAUUUCCGUUGAAGCUCCUCGAUAUUGAAAUAGGAGACACCAUAGUGGAGGCAGCCGCAUUGUGGAUCUUGCUUGGUCAAGUGAAUCUCUAUCGCCGCGUAAAUGAACUCUGUUCGGAAGUCGAAGAACUCGGAGAGGAACCCCUCCAUGCUUGGUGGGCGUUGUUGCCGCCACCAUUGGAUGUUGUCGUUGGUUUGCGGCAAGUUCAUUUCUUGAGCGAAUACUGGCGGAUAACGAGAGAGGAACCCCCUGAAAAGGAUGUCAUUGCGCAAGAAUUAUUCCCCUUCAUCAGUGCCCCACGCUUUACGCUAAAGAAAUUUUUCCGUACUCCAUCCAUGUGGUUCUGGUUUACUUCUGAUGUGCCAGAUUUCGAAUUCGAAGUCCUACAAGAGUAA